AUGGUUUCGAAGAACUCAAAAUACAGAAAGUGGUCGAAAACUGUUGUUAAUUACUUUGUAUUGUAUUUCAACAAUUGUUGCAUACAUGGAUUUCGCUACCUCACGGAUUCGAUGCUUUUACUGUUCGAAAAAUUCCUGUGGCUAAUCCUGCUGGUUGCCUCGAUAUACUUUUGUAUCGUUGUCUGCUUAGCAUCUAUAGAUCGCUACUACACCAAAAGCAUACAUAUCGGCAUCGAACGUAAUUUCAUUUUUUGGAAUACCACCUUGCCGAGCGUUACAGUUUGUCCAGUGGAUCGACUUAAUAUCACAUAUUUCGGCGAAUAUUGUCGUAACUAUGGCAUCAAGGGGCCGCAAAAGGAUAUUUUGUGGGAUUUCUUCGAGAACUUGGCCAAUUCGACGUACAUCAACUUUCAGAACAUUCCCGAAAACGAGCAGAUCGAUCAAAUAAUUAAGGACAUAGGUCUGAAACCGGAACACUACAUCGAAUUAAUCCACAAUCUAACCUACGAUAGAACCUAUGAACCCAAUUUCAAUGAACGCAUACGAUGUAUGGAUGGUGCGAUGUUUAUACAUGUUCGCCAGGUUCUUACCGAGUGGGGAUUGUGCUACCUGUGCAAUUCUAUACUAACCGAGGAAUACAGCUCCCGGUAUUUUAUCUACGGAAAGCAUCCCGAGUACAACAAAUAUGAGUACGAAAACGUGCGACUUCCAUAUCAGGUUGGUUCGUUUUUUCAGAAGGAUACGCAAUACGCCUUACUAGGCUUCAAGGGUCCUGCAAUAAUUGCUUUCGCACAUUCAGCAUUUGACGUAAUGAAGGUGGAUGCCAACUCCGAUUAUGCUAUCGAUGGUGUCUUGUACGACCUCAGCGCCGAAGAGAUUACUGCCGAGGAUAACCUAGAGCAAGAUACCACGGUGGCCAUGAGAAGAUGCCGUUUUGCCCACGAAUACAAUUUAACCCAUUUUUCCUUCUACACCAGAAAUAUUUGUCAGCAAGAGUGCCGCAUCAAUCUGGCAUAUAAAAUUUGCAAAUGUAUCCCACAUUUUUAUCCCAAUCGCAUCGCCAAUCCCAAACCUGUGUGCGAUUAUAAAACUUUAAGAUCGUGCUUUCCCCGCCAUGCAAGUUUUUUUCUGCAGUUGUACGAGGAAAAUGGCAAACACGAGAAACCAGCUACUUGUUACUGCGAACAGAACUGCCAUGAUUCGGUGAUUACAAUGAAGGCCAUGAAUCCCAUGUCCGGAGCAAAGCAAUUACUGGGAGGAAUUGGAAGCGCUGUUUCAGUGAAAACUUGGCCACAAAGUCGACUAAGGAGACAAGUUAUAUUCUCACUGACCGAUCUUAUGGUUUCAAUUGGCGGAACAGCCGGACUUUUUCUGGGAUUUAGUGUUUUGGGAUUGGUUGAAGUCAUAUACUUCUUCACAAUUAGGAUAGUCUGGCAAAUACGUGGUUACACCCUCUAA